AUGAUGGGGCUUAUAGAAAAUUUGAAAAAAAGUAAAGAAUUAAAUCCAGGAGAUAUUAUUAUUGCAACAAAUAUUGCUGGAAGAGGAAUUGAUUUGAGUAUUGAUAAAUUACUUGAAGCUAAUGGAGGAUUACAUGUUAUUUUAUCUUAUAUGCCAGGAAAUUUACUUAUUCAGCCGCAAGUAUUAGGUAGGACAGCUAGAGUUAGAAAACGGAGUACAGAUGUUUACAUUGUACAUGACUCACGUAAGCUAAUGUUUAUGUUAGAUAUGGCAAUUGAUUUUCUGCUUAAUGAAUGA